AUGAGAGCGUCCAAGAUCCUGCAGACGGCUCCGGCCGCCUCUCACGUCGUCCCAGUCAGCCAGAAAUACACCGUGCAGUCCUACGGCAUAUGGGAGAGAAUCCGACGGGCCCUCGCCGUGGAUCCCACUCGCUCCAAUGGUGUUCCCUUGAACGCUCAGUUCCGCAACCCUACGCCCGGAGCCCUCGCUCCCCAAACAUACGAUGACCCCGUCACUCUCCCUGCUGCAGACAUCGCCGACAACCCCUACUGGAAGCGAGAUGUGAGAAGAGGCUACCCGCAGGCCAGCGUGGUGAAGCAGGCCGAUGUUGUCGGGCUCUUGACCUACGGCAGCAAGGCAGAGCCCAAGGAGAGUCUCCUUGCCGGCGAGGCGGGCACGCAGCAGCUCGUGCAGACGAAGCAGACGGCCGAGGAGCGUGGACUGGCGGCGCAUUUUGAGGAGAAGGCCAGCUCUGGAGUCGAUGUCCUUGGUCCGGAUGGCCUCCCACCUAUGCCCGGCAACUUGAACGCAGGCACAGUAUAUAUCAUCCCGUCAGAGCAGGCUUAUCCAUCAAAAUACCCGUGCCGCACAUUUAUCUAG